AUGAGACCCUUAGCUCAGGUCGACAUUAAUGAUCCGGUGAACCUGGGCACCUGCACGUGCGACCUGACAGAGGGUCAGUGCGAUGUGAACUGCUGCUGUGACCCAGACUGCAGCGGUCUCUCGGGUCUGGCUGGAAGUUUCAGCUGUCUUCCUGAAGGACCAGUGAAUGCGAAUGCACAGUAUUGCUACUCGAAAACCUGGUUGCACAGUGUAAACCCGCGCGUCGAUCUGUGGGUCAUUGCAGAUGAUCUGCGUGGCCUUCUCUGCGUCUCUGUGGACAACAGUGCAGUGCGCGGCGAAGUCUUCCAGAAUGAGGCAACACUGUCAUCCUCGCAGAUCGACGCUGUGAUACAGGAGAGGCAGCGAAGUACUUCGACGGCCACUGCAGCAGAUGAACAGGUUCUGCGAGGCUAUCGUGCCGGUGACGUGUUGAAGAUUCACUCGGCACUUUCUGCAGCCGGAGAGGUGCUGGCUGUGACAGGCCCUGGGACCCUGGAAGCUGCUGGCAACGUAGAGGUUGUGAGCAGCCUGCGCCUGCCGACAGCUGAUCCUCUGGGCACGUGCGCAGCUCCCGGCCAAGCAGUGAGGUUCCUGAAUGAUGUUCCUUCCGCCGGUUGUUGGCGCAAUGUGGACCUGGCCACAACUUGCACACAGCUCGGAGCCAGGUCUCGCCUGGAAAGCUUUAUGUUGCGCAGCCAGUACAUGCCGGAGGACAUGCGCUGCGGAAGUCGCUGCCUGCUGCCAGAGAUUGUGGCCUCAUGUCCUGCUGGAUCCGCUGUGGUCCCGGCUAGCACCCAGUGCACCGGCAACGCGCUGCCGCUUGAAGACCCGGUGUUCUCAGGAGGUGCUGAUUCCUGCAGCUGCAAGGGUGUCCUCAAGGAUGCGCACUACAACUUCACCUUUGGGUUCGACGAGACUCAGCAGGUAGUACGCAUCACCAACAUGGCAGUGAGCUUUACGCUGCAAGAUGUGGUCAGUCAAGGCUGCCAGGUGGUGAGCUUGCAACAAGGAGGCAGCGUUCACUUCUUCCAGGAGCAGUCGGAUGGAAGCCAGCCCGAGGCUCGAUCUGGCAAUCCUGGUUAUCAGAACGGAUUGCCGUUGCUGGUUUCUCAAUGCCUUGACUUCGACGGCUCCGGCACGUGCUCCAGUUAUGGAGCCCGUGUGGAGGCUACAGUGCCUGGUAUCACGAUGGCAGGCACAUGUCGACGUGUGAACAGCAGCAGCACGGCGGAGCAAGACGAUGCUCGAGUGCCCAUCAACUUUGGAGAAAACUCCAUGUCUGGUUGCACACUGUCUCUGACGAGAGAGGAGCUGGCAGCCUUAUGUCGCACAGGCGCUGAUGCAGCGACUGGCUUCACUGGCUUGCUUGCAAUGCUUCCUUUCGGUCGAUCUGGAAAUCGAUGGACCCAAAUUGCUGCUUUCGGCAGUGUGCCAACUUCAGCGCAAGAUCCAGCGGACUGGGUCCAGGUGGAGGAGCUGACCAGUCGCCAUGUGCAGCAGUGGCUGGUUGCUUACAUGGAGAACUACCAGAAGCCACCCGAGCAUGCCCAGCAGUUGUGUGCCUUUGCUCGACAUCGAGGUGCCCACCUUAUGUACAGAGUCGUGCGGGAUGCAAUGCUGAGUCUGACAACAGAAAGUGCUCAAAGUACGAACGCUCGGAUUGCGGGCAGAGAGUUUGAUGGUGAUCCCGGGGGUCAUGGUGAUGUGGCAACGAAAGGAGGACCCUCUUCGCCGGAUACCGAUUGGAAGGCCUUGCUGCCAAUUCCUGUGCUUCGCCGCCUCAGAAGCGAAAUCAAGAGCACAAACGGUGACAGCAUCAGGAUGACCAGGAGGGCUGCAUCUGUGCCAAGAUCGUACCGAGGGGUUUCCAGCGAGGGCCGUACCGAAAGCCAGCCUCCUCUCGAGCCGCGUCUGAGCACCCGCGUCCUGACAAAGGCAUAUCAAGCCGCGGCGAAGCAGCUUCAAGCUCACGAAGCAGCAGUACGUGCAAGUGAGAGUAUAGAGAGAUUCGGCAAGAACCGGAACCACUCGUCUCCAGAACUAACAGUACAUUCAACCUCCUGCAUGAUCUGUUUUGAGAACACGGAAUGCGUUCGAAGUGCUGCCCAACUCUGUGUUGAUAGAGGCUGUGAAGGAUGGUUUUGCACCUGCUGCCUCGCACAAUAUUUUGAGAACAUCAUUCAGGAGACGCCCUUUGCUGUACCGACCCUGCGCUGCCCGGGCUGCAAGGGUUUCGUGCCGCCUUCCUGCUGGCAAGAACACGUCACGGCGGAGACAGUGGAGAAGUGGCAGGGGAAUGCUGCAAACCUCUUGUCCUUGCGGUGCGGAGGCUGUGACGAGCCAGGAUCCUUGCUGUUGCCCGGUGUCAAGGCCGGUGACUCCCGGGAAGGCGUGGCCAGGGAGGCCUUCGGCGCGCAAGACCCGACGGCAGCAGCGGAGCUGGAGCAGAGUUGGUGUCUCUAUGAAAGAGGAGAGAUGAGCGCGGCCAGUCUCCUUGAUGUGCUGCUCAGUGCGUGGCAUCCCGGGUACGAAGACGAGGCUGAUCGGAAUGGGUUUGCGCCCAGCAAGUUUUGGGACCGCUUCCAGGCUGCUGCUAACCUCAUUGAGGAUGCCGGACUCCGUGCAGUUUUGCAGCUAUCCGUGCUGAAGAGAUUUCCGAAGACAGCAACUCUCUGCUGCAAUGAGCCGCACUGCUUCAAGUGCAAAGUAACGACCCACCACGAAGGCAUGAGCUGCGAGGAGGUGCAAGAGCAGCAGUCCGACAUGGAAGAUGGAGUGCAGUUCUGUCCAAGCUGCGGAGUUGCGACCAUGAAGAGCGAAGGCUGCAAUCACAUGAUAUGUCUUUGUGGUGAGGCUUGCCGAUGCAAGUUUGACCAAGGGCUAAUUGUUAUCCUCAGUUUGCACGAGCAUUCUGAGCUUGAGAGGGCCAGGCUGUUCCUGCAGUUCAGCAUACAUGACAUGUCAGACAUGGACUUCUUUGUGUUUCCUGCCGAUGUCCGGAGUGCAGCCGUGGUCGCAAUGCUGAAGCUGCAACUGCAAGAUGCUGCCAGCACUGUCACCUGGACAGAGGUGCCGGAGUUCAGCGACUCGGCGGGAGCACAGAAGGUCAUCUACUCAUACUUUGGAGAUGUGCAGAAUCCGCAAGCCAAGAUUGUCGGUGCGCGGUUCUCGCACAGGCUCGGGGUGCUCAGCUUCACUCUCGAAGACCCUUCUGAAAGGCAAGCGUUCCCAUUCGUCUACAGCGUUUCCUUCCUCCGUGCUGAAAGGGAUGACUUCCUGCUGAAGGUCCCUCCACGGCCGCAACUUCCAGUCCUUCUGCCCGACGACCUGUUCUACCCCUUCACCAUAGGCACAGGGCUAAGCUUUGACAGGGCACUUGAGGUUUCUGAGAUGAUCCGUCUACGAAGAAGGGAAGCUUCAGCUGAGGAAAAGGCAAGCACCGGUUUUCGCGUCUUCACAGAAAGGCCGCUGAAGUUGCUGGGUGAGAUUUUGGAGUUGGCGCCCUCCUUCGACCGGAAGGGGUGCUCCCAAACCAAGGCCCAAGCAGGCGUGCAGAACGCCAUGCUGGGUCUGUGCCGUUCUGAGAAGCCUGACUCCGGCCCGAAGCAAUGCGACGUUGAAGGCCGCAGCGGGAUCGCUUUGUGUGAUUGGAAGGCCUUGUUGAGCGCAGCUGUCAGUGCUUAUGCAAAUACCUCCACCUACUGUAGCAGGAAGCUGCGAGAGCGGGUCGGAGAAGCGACUGUCGCAGAGAAUGUAGAGUUCCUCUCCAAGACACUUUCGAGGUUCAGAAGCUUUGCGCUUACUGCGCAGAACAGUGUCGAAGAGCGCCAUGCAAACGAGGAACAGCGCCUUCAGGAGGCUGUCGCACAAGCGAAAGAUCCGAAAGUCAAGACAGCCUUGCAGCAGAGCGUCACCUCAAACAAAGAAGCGUUAGACGAGACGAAGAGCAUCUACAGCAACAUUGUCACGUUUUCUGACAGCAUGCUCUCCCUCCUCAAGAAGACCUCGUCGUCAGGCAACUGCGAUCAGCUCAUCUGCGGACUCCACGCAUCCUGCGCAGAGACCCUGAGUGGCGCCAGCUGUGUGUGUGAUGAAGGGUACAUCGGCCAGGGCAAGGACUGCAAGCCGCCUGCAGCAUUUGCACCCCAUCUUCUGUUGGGUGAGAAUGCAGUCCAUGCCAGCGACAUCCACGUCACCGCCUUCGAUGGCAACAAAAUCGCAGUGGUGUUCCGUGACGAGAACAAGGGCAACGCCGGAUCUCUGGUCGUCGGGACGGUGGAGGAGGCCGGCUCGGUAGAGCUGUCUCCCCUCGAGCUCUUCACUGCACCGGGUGCAGCAGCGUUCUCGCCAGUUGUGGCUGGAAGUGAUGGCCAAAGCCUGGCUAUCGCAUGGCGGGACAAUGCGAAAUCAGGAACAUGCAGGCUCCGAGCUGCAAAGCUUGGUGCAUCGGGUAUCCGUGGCGCUGAAAUGGCACUGACGUGGGGGCCAGCCAUGGACUUCUGCACUGGCCAGGCCCACAAGAUGUCCAUCCAAGCAUUUGACAAGAAUCGCUUCGUCGUCCUUUAUUCAGACAAGGCCCGGGGGCCUGACCCCGCGCGCACGGAGUCCUUCGGAAACUCCGUCUUGGCUGACGUUGGAGAAUCGGGCAACAUCUCCGUGCUAGGCAACUUCCGAUUCACCGACAGUGCCGUCGCCCGUCUGGAGGCCACGAAAGUCAGCAAGAACGGCUUCGUCUUGGCUGCCCGAGCCUCGCCCGCCCUCGACGAGAUGAGCCCGCAGCCUGUCAAGCAGGAGGCAAUGGCCAUGUAUGGAGAGCUCGUCGGGGAAGACCUUGUCUUCGACCCAAACCCGGUGAACCUGGAGACAGAGGGUCAGAUCUGGGCCAGGGGGGUGUCCCUGAUUGCGCCCAACACCCUUGCCUACGCUUACCAGGAUGGAAAGAAUCAGCAGCUCAAGAUCGCUGUGCUGAAUAUCCAUCCACAGACUCAUCGCAUGCAGGUGGCCCAAGCGCCUGUGUCUCUGGCAAAAGGCUUUUCGCCGUAUGUGUCCAUGCUGUCGCUGCCAUACUCGGCGUCUGAUCCAUACGCUAUGACCUACUUCCAGGGUGAUGAUGGCACCAAUGUGCUCAACAUCUGUGGUCUGAGUGCAGAGCAGAAGCUACAGAAUUGCGAGGACUUCCCGUGGCUAAAUCAGAAAGUGUCCACUGUUUCCGGUGCUUCCCUUGGAGAAGGCCGAGUCCUGAUGGCCUUUGCAACUCCGUCUGGAGUUCCGUACUACAGCCUCGUGGGCUUGUCGAAGAAAUGA